AUGGCUCGCUUCAUUCCCAGCUUUCAAUUAUGGGGAACGACCAGCACCGAAGACACCGUGGAGAAGGUACGUUCGUCUUUUAAUGCCGUGCUAGGUAAACACACUAGUGCUAUAAAUAACAGGUAGUUCUCUGGUUACGUGCUAGCCCCUCGGGGCAUUUAGACGAGAUUAAAUUUACAGGAUUGUUUAGAGUAAACAACUCUGUAACUUGACAGAAAUCCAUAAGUAGCUAUCAAAACACUCUGUAAAAGUAAUAUAAAGGUUCGGAGACUAAACUAUUAUUCUAGAUUAGGUAAAGGAAGUGUUUGAGAAAGCGAUCGAGGUACCUCUAAAGGUCACCGCGGAUAUAAAUCUUUCUAAUCGUGAAAACAAAAGUGGUAACUCGAAUGGCAUACAUUAAGUAUCCAACGGGUUAUUAACCUAAAGGUCAACAUAAAUUGGCAGAAAUGGCACUUUGACACUAAAAAAUGAUCGAAAAGUGACAUAUAAACAUGUAAAUACCUAUUAGAACGUCACGUUAAAAUACCACAAUUACUUGGGCGUAAUACGGCAUAUAAAGAUGUUACAAGUGUAAAAAAAUGAAAACGCCAGCAUGACUUAAAUAAUAUUUCAUCGUGACAUUCCUAUUUUUAGACUGCAGAAAUCGAGCUAAAAGAAGAUCGUCCGAAUGAAGACAAUCAAGCAAAAGAACAACAUCAAGGUAGUUGUGACCAGGGCCGGGCGGGGACUUUUGGUCUGGGGGGCAGGGGUCCAAAAAAAUCGGCGCAGGUAGCUACCUGUGCCGAUUUUUUGCGAAAAUUUUUUUUCCAAAAAAUCCACAGGGGGGCCACGUUCAAAUUUUUUUUCGAAAUUUUUUUUUCUGGGGGGGGGGUCCCCCCCCCCGUCCGCCCCCUCGCGCCCGGCCCUGGUUGUGACCAUAUCUUAACUCUGUUUUGUAGGAAUUUUGAAAAGAGACCCUCUGGGCAUGAGACGUUCUGUUUCCGAACAGAAUUUGCAUUUGAUUAGAGAAGUGGGGCAAAAGAAGAAAAGACGUUGUUCCUCUACCGCUGAUGAUUCCGAAUCUUCCGAAGUCCGUCCUCUUCCACAUAGUUUAAGUAAGUGGUGUUUUAGCAAUGUCAUUUUACCCAAAUGUCCGGUUCAGUGAACCCGGGUAUAAUAUUAUGUAGUGAUUACAUUUUAGACGUUUGCGUAAUUACUUUCAACAGUAUUGUUUGCGUAAACCAUUAGUGUAUUUGAAUGUCAAAUUACCCGAAAAAAGACUGUAAUUUAUGGUUUCGUAUAAAAAGAGAGCGCAGUCUGCAGCAAACAAAGGCCGCAGCACGCGCCCAAAAAAUAAAUAUUUUUAUUGAAAAACAACUAACGGCCAAAUUUGCAGCUCAGUCGGCCUUGGAUCAGCUGGGGCAUCGUCAUUUUGCCAAAUCUCCGCACAGAGUCUUCCCCAUCAGAUCGAAACAGUCAGCCGGCUUCAAGAUCGCGGCUUCGGGUGCCAGUUAUCAGUCCUUUAAUGAUAUCAGCACCAUCGGCGUUAGCUUGCCGAACGUCCAGCCUAGUGUAGUGGUUUGUGCGCCAAACAAAGGGUAG